AUGAAAAGUAUAGCCCGCUCGAAACCUUUUACGAGCUCCCGCCAUGUCGUCCGCUCGUGGAGGCUAGUGGACAGCACCAUCAUCAACAACAAGACGCGAACCCUCUCGUCAACUGCCCGACAAUGGAGACCAACCAAUGUGGGAGGCAUUGGUCUCGCGGCCAAGGAUGCCUCUGUGGGUGAACAAGCACCGGAACCUCUCACCAUUCAAGGUAUCAAGACCCGUCGAGAAAAGGCCGGCAAGCUUGUUGCUGGUACGGCGGCAUACUCCGAUAGUGACAUGUUCAAGUCUCCACAUGCAUAUAACAAUCCAAAAGCACUGAGGUGGGAUCACCUGCUGAGUGCAGAAUCUCUGGCACGUAAACCAUGCGUCUUGAAGCAAGCAGCCAAGUACCUCAAAAAGCCAGGACUGGUCUCACUGGGUGGCGGCCUGCCGUCGGCGGACCACUUCCCCUUUGACUCCAUGGGCUUUCGCAUUGCCACGCCACCAGACUUUUCCGAAGCCACCACGCACAAAUCUGGACGAGACGUGUCCAUUGGCAAGCGCGAUGUCGUCGACAAGGACAGCGUGUUCGACUUGAGCAUUGGCCUCAACUAUGGCCAGUCGAUUGGAUCAGCCCAGAUGCUGCGCUGGGUCACGGAGCACACGGAGCUCUGCCACCGGCCCCCUUACUCUGAUUGGCGCAGCUCUCUCACCAUUGGUAGCACCGGCAGUCUCGAGUGCGCCUAUCGAAUGUUUUGUGACCGAAACAGGGGAGAUAGCGUCUUGACCGAAGAGUUCAGUUUCAGUACUGCCCUAGAGACGGCGGCGCCUCUGGGAAUCAAGGUGUUUGGUGCCAAGAUGGACGAGCAAGGUCUUUUACCCGAGAGCAUGGAUGAUAUUCUGUCAAAUUGGAACGAGUCGGAACGUGGUGCGAGAAAACCUACCGUCCUCUACACGGUGCCUUCGGGACAAAACCCGACUGGUGCCACCCAAGGAGAACAAAGACGGAGAGACAUCUAUGCCGUUUGCCAAAAGCAUGACGUUUUCAUUUUCGAGGACGAACCAUAUUAUUUCCUCCAGAUGCAACCAUACACCGGAGCAGACACACCAGAUGUGCCUCCACCAGCUACCGUCGAAGAGUUCCUGGGUGGUCUCAUCCCCAGUCUGUUGAGUAUAGACGUCGACGGGCGGGUCAUGAGACAUGAUUCGUUCAGCAAGGUAGUUGUGCCUGGAUCUCGCAUGGGCUGGGUGACGGCCAGCGAGCAGAUUAUUGAGCGGUACAUAAGACACGCCGAAUGUUGUAGCCAGGGUCCUAGCGGCUUUUCGCAGCUUGCCAUGCACAAGUUGAUGGACGAGGAAUGGGGCCACGAGGGUUAUCUCCAAUGGCUCAUGAACUUAAGGCUGGAAUACACAAAAAGGAGAAACACCAUGCUGAGAGCUUGCGAAAAGUAUCUCCCGAGGGAAGUGGUCAGCUGGACUCCUCCAGCAGCAGGCAUGUUUAUGUGGCUCCAAGUCGAUCAUGAACAACACCCCGGUGUCAAGACCAAGAGCUUGCUCGAAAUCGAGGAAGAGAUAUUUGAUGCCUGCAUUGACCAAGGUGUCUUGACAUGUAGGGGCUCUUGGUUCCGUGCCGAGCAUGAUAAGCCGCCAACGUCUCUCUUUUUUAGAACGACGUUUGCUUCGGCGUCCGAGGAGCAAAUGGAUGUGGCCAUUGAGAGAUUCGGGGCUGCUGUCAAGGAGAGCUUCAAGCUGUAA